GCGAUCGUUGGUCAUCCCACUGAAGAAGUGAAUCAUCUCAUUCAUGCUGGGGAACAGAUAGAAGGAUCUCAUCAGCUUUUUAUUAGUCAGCGUAACCCUGCAGGUUUUCACAAUGGGCUAAUGGAUCCCCAAGGCAUCUCACCAUUGCCAGUUGUGCCACCAAGAUAUCCUCAUCUCCCGAUGAGGGAGCUAAUUGCGGAGAAUUUGAAUUUCAAUCCAUUGCAAGAGGUUCCCUUAUAUCAGAUGCAUUCAAGAGGGAGACAACGGAUGCAGUACGCGGAGAUGGCUAGAGGAAUACAGUUCAGUGAUUGGGCUGGGGCUAGACCACCAACUACUAAUAUGCACUGCAGGCGAGGAUGGACUGUUGCAACUGAGUCGUACGAUGGAAUCGGGUGUUCUGGAUCUGUCGAGGAGACCAGCCAAUUUCCGGAGCAGAAUCAAGGACGUGAACGCAUGCGUGCAUCCAGAUUUCUUCGACAGCAGACUUUAGAC